AUGAUUUAAAAAUAAUUAAAGAGAGAAAUAAGUGCAAUAUUUUGAGAUUAUAAAUACUUUUUUCGUCAGAGGGGUAAAAUGUCCGGCACAUCGAAGGCGCCAACGCCGUCAUACAAGAAAUAUGACGUCAGAAAUCGAGAUCCGGACGCCAGAUCGGCUGUCUUGUUAGUGAUUGACAUGCAGAACUACUUCUACUCAAUGGCGAAGCCCAUUCUCCCGGAGAUCAGGACAACCGUCGAUCUCUGCCGCGGUGCGUCGGUUCCGGUAAUCUUCACUCGACACUGUCACAAGUCCCCGGAGGACUACGGGAUGCUCUACGAGUGGUGGGACGGCGACCUUAUCAUGGACGGCACUGUUGAGGCGGACCUCAUUCCCGAUUUGGGCCGGGUAGAUACUGAUUUGGUGGUUGAAAAGCACACAUACAGCGCCUUCACAGAUAUUGAUGAAGCUCAGACUUAACACGCCUUGAGAGCGUCACCUUUAAGCCAUAUUUCAUGUACAGUGUCAGCGACAUCCUUGGUACUACUGGAUGAUUCUCUAUCACCUUCACUUGAUAACGGUACAAUAUGGAUGCAGCUGCAAAUUUCAUUUGGUAGUAAGCAAAAUCCUUUCCCAAGCACAACCUUGGGCCGCCAUUGAAUGCUGCAAACUUGUAGGCAGACUCACUCGUGAAUCUCCCAUCUCGAAGCCAUCUCUCAGAAGGGUACAGUCUCAGAGCCUCUGAAAGAGCAGCCUGAAGAUAGUCCAUUU